CGGGAGGCCACCCGUCAUUCCUAGACAUGGAUUCGGACGGGGAUGGGAGCCCAUUCGGAUCUCCACCUGCAUCUUCACCUGUAUCUCCACCUGUAUUCUCAUCCGGAUCCUCAUCAGGAACCCCACUCGAAUUCUCCCCUGAAUUCUCACCCGUAUUCUCAUCCGAAUCUUCAUCUGGAUCCCCACAUGCUGGCCCCUGUGUCACGAUGGAAGAGCUGCCUUUCUAUGAAGUCUGUGCGGAGAUAGUAAAGCCCACCAGACUGGUACCAGAGGACUCUUUCACAUCAAAGAAUGCAAAUUUGCUUUUUGUGGCCAGCUCAGAGUUGUUUGACAAGAUCCUCAACAGCAAAAGGAUCGAGCUUUUGAAUAAGAAUUUCAGUAGCUUGCAGCUGCUGCUGAGGAUGUGCGUAUGGAAUACUCAGCACCCGCAAGCUGACCGUUUUCCUCUGGGCCUGAUGGUCAGUGUCAAUCAGCAGAGUUUGGAUUUGGGUGAAUCUGACCACAUAGCUCAGCCGCUAAGUAUCACCCAUCUGGUCCACCUUUCGGACACGGUGGCCAACAGAAUCCUGAUCAGUUGGUCUCCGAACGAAACACGGGACUUUGCUGUGGCAGUGUACUUGGUGAUGAAGCUUACCGUGGAUGAUUUACUGAAGAAGAUGUGGGCCGACAGCAUUUGGCCUGCAGAUGAGACCAGGGCCUUGAUUCAGGAGAAGCUGGAAGACGACUCAGAAGACAGCACAACCGAAAGCCUCUACAUCUCCCUCAUGUGCCCGGUGGAAAACAAACGUGUGUUUCUGCCCUGUCGUGCACUGACCUGCUCCCACCUGGAGGUUUUCGACGCAGCCCGGUACCUACAGUUGAAUGAGGAGGAGGGAUCAUGGAUAUGUCCCGUGUGUCACUCCCCUGCUCCGUUUUCCAAACUCAUUCUGGAUCGGUAUUUCCUCGAUGUCCUCGAAGCCAACAUAUUGUGUGAAGAGAUUGUGAUAUACCAAGAUGGGUCCUGGAAACCGAUACUCUCUGACAGAGAUUUGUUUGAUUUUUGUGAUUAUUCUCCCCCGCGAUACAAGAAGCUAACUGUCUCUCAGAGCACGACAGAGAGCAGCAGCUCGGAGGGAGACAAAGAAUUUGAGCAUGCUCCCAAGAGGCUGUGUCCAACCACCACAUCAACCAUCCCGGCUGCCACGAUCCAUGUGACGUGCAGUCCCACGAUCGAGCUGCCUAGCUCCCCAUGGGCGGGCCCAGGGACAGCUGACCUGCUCUCCGAGCCCCCAACAUCCCCUCUUCCCUCAUCGAGUGCUAGCACCGUGGAACAAGAGCAUCCGGUCACAGUCCAGAGUUCGGCUCAGGCCCAGAAUGUCCAGGCUCCAACUCUGGAGUUGCUAGAUACCUUGCUCCAACAGAUGAAUGACUAUGCACGGCAACUGGAUUUUCCUGAGUAUGUCGACUAUCAUAGAGACGUGAGCCCUGUUCUCUUUGCUUACCUGGAUCCCCUGCUUUUCCACCUUCCUGCCCUCCUCCCUUCCCGGGACCCUUCUGACCCCUCACCCCUGGACCCCACUCACUACAGGCUGUCCCAGUACAGAUGGGGAAACUGA